CCCGCUUCAGUGCACCUCAGAUUGCCUAGUCCUGUACAUAUCUACUGGGGGCUGGAGAGAUGCAUGCAAUUUCUUGCCCUAACGCAAGCUUGGCACAUGUGGGGUUUUCUUCUCACUCUGGGGUAGGAUGAGCGCAGGGACUGACUCCCUAGCCUACUGUAGCUUACCUUGUUCCUGAUAUCAUGACUGAUCAGCAGCUCGACACUCUCUUGUGCUUGUUAGAAUUUUUGCCCUUGUUGUCUAGGCGCAGCUUCGCCUAUAAGAGCAAAGCCGAUCUUCCCCAUUGAGUCUCGCACCUUCACAUUUCGGUUCCUCACUCUCGUCACUCUCGAGACCUCUGUCCAACAUGCUGUCCUCUCUCGUGCUUCUUCUGAGCUCCGCAGCAGGAUCUGCUCUAGCGCUCAACAAUGGCCUGGCAACAACUCCGCAGAUGGGCUGGAAUACGUGGAACUAUCAUGCUUGCGAAAUUAACUCGAGCGUGAUCUUGGAUGCUGCCAGCGCAAUCAAGCAGCGUGGACUUGAUCAGCUUGGGUACAAAUACGUCGUCAUUGAUGACUGCUGGCAGGCCGCUGAGCGUGACAGCCAAGGCCGCAUCCCAGCAGACCCUCAGAAGUGGCCAGGAGGCCUGAAGAACGUUACGGAUGCCGUUCACCAGAUGGGUCUGCUGGCAGGCAUCUACAGCUCUGCUGGAGUCCUCACGUGCGGCCGCAGGCUUGGCUCGCUGGAUCACGAAGAGGUCGAUGCGAAUUCGUGGGCAGAGGCAGGUUUCGACUAUCUCAAGUACGACAAUUGCUUCAAUCAAGGUCGAGCAGGCACACCCAAGCUCAGCUUCGAUCGUUACAAUGCCAUGGGUGAAGCGCUGAACAAGACUGGCAGAGCGAUUCUGUACUCGGCGUGCAACUGGGGAGAAGAUGGACCUUGGAACUUUGGAAGCGAAAUCUUCAACAGCUGGCGCAUGAGCGGUGAUGUGGCCAAUUCGUUCGACAGAGCAUCCGACUACUGCCCGUGCGAAAGCACCAUCGGCUGCCAACUUGCAGGCUUCCACUGCAACAUUCGCAAGAUCAUCAACAUGGCCGCACCAUUGGGUCAAAAGGCUGGUCCUGGACGAUGGAACGACCUCGACAUGCUUCAAGUCGGCAAUGGCGCUUUGAACCGAGAUGAAAGCAUCACUCAUUUCUCUCUCUGGUCUGCUCUCAAAUCUCCACUCAUCCUCGGCAACGAUGUAUCCACCGACUUGACUCGUUUCUCAAACGAAAGUCUGGCCAUCGUCGCCAACGAGCAUGUCAUCGCAGUGAACCAGGACCCUCUUGGAACGCCAGCCGAGCGAAUUCUCAACUUGGACAGCGGCACCCACCAAAUUUGGACCGGGCCUCUGACCAACGGCUCCUACGUCGUGGCCAUGGUCAACUUUGCCGAGGAGCCUUGGACAAGAACAUUGACUCUGGCCGACAUCUUCUACGAUGCUGGCAAGGAGGAUCAGCAGGCCCGCUCUGCUGCGUGGAAUGUCUAUGACUUGUGGGCGGGCGUCGAUUACGAGGCGCCUGCGAGGCGCGAACUCACUCUGAUGGAAGGCAGUCCCUUUAGAGAAUCGCUCGCAGAGAGCACCAUCCCUCCGCACGGCACUGUGAUGCUCAGACUCACGCCUGCUGAGCAGUAAGCACUAGAAGAAAGUUGUCGGCGGGGCAAUUGAGCCCAUCAGCCAUAUCACGCUUCCUGCAAAACCCAAUGGAUGACUUGAUGAGAGCAUUCUGGCAGCAAUGUUGCGCUGCGAAUCUUGUGGUGUCCUGGGCGUGCUACGCACACGCGCUAAUCCGCCUACGCUCGAAGAGCGACAUCGCCAGCAGCUGUUCACGAUCGCAGAGCCCUGAAGCGAAGCUGCGAUCGGAGCGCUGGCUCUUCGCGCGUGUGCUCUUGGACGAUUACAUGGACGCGCCGUUCACCGAGCUGACCUAUGAUGGUUG